AGUGUUACUUCCGGUUGCUUGUAAAUAAGCAAGAUGGCCGCGCCCAGUGAAGAACGUGAAUUUGGAAGAAAACCGAAAAUUAUCAAAUCUGUAUCUAAAUCAAGCACAGAAAAACGAUUAAUUGUUGUUCUCGAAAAAGCCUCAUUAGAAACAGUCAAGACCGGAAAAUCUUAUGAAUUAUUAAAUUGUGAUCGACAUAAACAUUUAUCUAAAAAAUUUAAAAAAGAUAUUUCACAAUGCAGACCAGAUAUUACUCAUCAGUGUCUAUUAAUGUUAAUGGAUAGUCCGUUAAAUAGAGCUGGUUUAUUACAAGUUUAUAUUCACACAGAAAAUAAUGUCUUAAUAGAGAUCAAUCCACAAACUAGAAUACCCAGAACAUUUGAACGAUUCUGUGGUCUUAUGGUUCAGUUACUCCACAAAUUAAGUAUACAUGCUUCAGAUGGUCCACAAAAAUUAUUAAAGGUUAUAAAAAAUCCUGUGACAGAUCACCUUCCUGUGGGUUGUACGAAACUAGGUACAUCAUUUCAAGCCGAGGAAGUGGUCAAUCCUAGAACCUUAGUACCUAAAGAUAGUCCAAUGGUUGUAGUCAUAGGAGCCAUGGCACACGGCAAAGUUGAUAUAGAUUAUGUAGAGAAAUCAGUAUCCGUUAGCAACUAUCCGUUAUCCGCAGCGCUAACGUGUGCUAAAUUCUGUUCAGCGUUUGAAGAGGAAUGGGGUGUAAUUUGAAAUAAAAUUAUAUAUUUUGUA